CGCAGACGGCGCCCAGCGGCGGCGCGAACGGCCGCGAGGAGGGUGGCUCCGAGCUCGGUGCUCACCGCGACUUCCCGCUCAGGGCCUGGCCCGACAAGGACCCGCGGCCUCCGCGGCGCUGGACGAUGCGGUCGCGGCCCCGGGCAGCAGCGGCGGGAAGCCUGGCGCCCUGCAGGUCAGCAGUUGAGUAGCUGGGGCCUCUGAGGGCUUGAAGCCUUCACAGUGAUGGCGGAGAAGCGGCCACUGGGGACCCUGGGGCCUGUGGUAUAUGGCAAGCUCCCCCGCCUAGAGGCAGACUCCGGACCCGGGCACAGCCUGCCCCCCUCUGCUGGUAACCAGGACCCCUGCAGCUACAAGGGUGCCUACUUUUCCUGCCCUAUGGGGGGUGCUCCCAAGGCAGGGUCUGAGCGGUUGGCAUCCUGGACCCCAUACCCACCCUUGUACCCUACCAGUGUGGCAGGACCCCCUCUUCGGACAGACAACCUAUUGACCAGCUGCCUGCUCUACCGCCCACCAGCAGAAAGCUCUGAGAAGGUGCAGGACUCUGGCCCCGUUGAGCUCCUGCCCUUCGGUCCCCAGUCUCAUUCCUACCCAGGCCCACCGUUGGCGGCCCCCAAACCUGUCUACCGUAGCCCUCUGUGUUAUGGGCUCUCGACUUGCCUGGGCGAAGGGGCGGUGAAGAGGCCACUGGAUGUUGAUUGGACAAUGGUGACUGGACCCCUGUUACCCCCGGCUGACCCGCCUUGUUCACUGACCCCAACUCCUGGCAAGAGCCAGUCUCUGGAUGGCACCUUCUUGCGUGGGGUGCCGGCUGGGGGAUCCGGCAAAAACUCCGUGGGCUUCUCCCCGUGUCAGGCAUUCCUGGAGAAGUAUCGGACCAUCCACAGCACAGGCUUCCUAGCCUCCAAGUAUGCGGGUCCUUACUCUGGGGACCCCAAGCAGGCAUUGUCUGAGGGACCCCCAAGUCCUUGGACCCAGCUGGCCCAACCCUUGGGGCCAGCCUGCCAGGAUACGGUGCCCACCCACUACCCGCUCCCUCACCCUCACCCUCCACAGGCCCUGCCUUGUCCACCAGCCUGUCGCCACCCAGACAAGCAGGGCAGCUACAGCUCAGUGCUCCCACUGCAGCCUCUGGGAGCCCACAAAGGGACUGGGUAUCCAGCUGGUGGGCUGAGCAGCCCCUACCUGAGGCAGCAGGCAGCCCAGACACCCUAUAUGCCCCCAGUGGGCCUGGACACUUUUUCCUACCCCUCUGCCCCGCUCCCAGCACCCUCACCAGGCCUCAAGCUGGAGCCGCCUCUUGCUCCCCGGUGCCCGCUGGACUUUGCUCCCCAGACACUGGGCUUUCCUUAUGCCCGGGAUGACCUCUCUCUCUAUGGGGCAUCCCCAGGGCUCGGAGGGACGCCACCUUCCCAAAACAGUGUGCAGGCUGUGCCACAGCCCGGUGCCUUCCAGCGAGGAUGCCAGCCUCUCCCUGCCAGCCAGCCAUGCCCAGAGCCCGGAAGGCGUGCAGAGAAGCCGGUGCGGGAAGCAGAGGAGAAGAUGUGGCUGCCCAGCUGCAGGAAAGAGCAGCUCCAGCCCCAGCUUGAUGAACACCCUGGAGCGCCUAUUGUCAUCGAAGAUAGUCCGGGCCCUCGCACCCCACCGGCACUCCCAGCCUGUGCCCAGGAGCGCCAGUCUCUUCCACAGAAUCAGGGUACGCUGCCACCCAGCUCUCCACCCAUGCCUGUUAUUGACAAUGUCUUCAGCCUGGCGCCCUACCGUGACUAUCUGGAUGUGCAGGCACCUGAGGACGCGGCCGAGCCUGACUCAGCCCCUGCCCCCAGGGAGAGCCCUGCCAAAGGCUGUGGGGAGCCCCUGCCAGCCCGGGAGACCCCUUCGAAGGCACGAUGCUCGCUUCGAGAGGAGGUGGCACUGGACUUAAGUGUGAAGAAGCCCAUGGCAGAGGCUCCAGUCAGGGUUCCUAGUCCUGCAGCGCAUGCCAAGCCCCCGGCCCUGGAUGCCCCCGGUGUGGGAAACACGGUCUCGGAUCUGCCUGACCUGGAAAAGGUAGUCCCAGAGGCACCCGGGGUGCCAGCGACUACAGAGGCCACCCCUAGGACCAACUUCCAUAGCUCCGUGGCCUUCAUGUUCCGAAAGUUCAAGAUCCUCCGGCCGGCACCCUUGCCUGCAGCCGUGGUCCCAUCUGCGCCUACCCCGGCCCCUGCGUCUGCCCAGCCUGUACCCACGCCCACAUCUGUGCCCCUUGGUCUACAGAUUCUCAGCCAGCCCUUGCCCGUGGCCUGCUUCAACCUGGCGCUGCCCAGUCCUCCAGCUGUAGCCAUGACGUCCCCGACCCCAGCCCCUGCUCCGGCUCCAUCGCCGGCCCAGGCCCCGACUCCGGCUUCUACCCCCGCCACGGCGGACUCCCCAGAGCAACACUUUACAGGACUGCAUGCGUCCCUGUGCGAUGCCAUCUCGGGCUCGGUGGCCCAUUCCCCACCCGAGAAGCUGCGCGAGUGGCUCGAGAUGGCCGGGCCGUGGGGCCGGGCAGCAUGGCAGGACUGCCAGGGCGUGCAGGGGCUGCUGGGCAAGCUGCUGUCACAGCUGCAGAGUUUCGUGUGCACCCAGCAGUGCCCCUUCCCCCACGUGGUGCGGGCCGGUGCCAUCUUCGUGCCUAUCCACCUGGUGAAGGAGCGGCUCUUCCCACGGUUGCCCCCUGCUUCCGUGGACCAUGUGUUGCAGGAGCACCGUGUGGAGCUGCGGCCCACCACGCUGUCAGAGGAGCGGGCGCUGCGCGAGCGGGCCCUGCAUGGCUGUACCUCGCGCAUGCUCAAGCUGCUGGCGCUGCGCCAGCUGCCCGACAUCUACCCUGACCUGCUGGGCCUGCAGUGGCGUGACUGUGUGCGCCGCCAGCUGGGUGACUUGGACACUGAGGCUGGAUCUGUGCCCUCCUCAGAACCCACCAUGGCCAGAGAUGAGCCAGAAAGCCCAACCCUGGCCUGGAAGUCACCUGCCCCCAAGGCCAGGAAGCCGGGGAGGAAGCCACCAACCCCUGGCCCGGAGAAAGCAGAGGCAAAUGCUGGGGAAGGGUCCCGCGGUGCCUCACCUACCCCUGCCACCAGCGCCAGCCCACCUGGCCCCACACUAAGGGCUCGCUUCCGCAACCUGCUGGAAACUGCCUGGCUCAAUGGCCUAGCACUGCCCACUUGGGGCCACAAGGUCUCAGGGCCGGAUCGGCCCGUGCCCCACCCACAGGUGUUGGGUGGCCAGAGCCAUCACCUGUAGCACUGGUUGCUGUUUGGACAGCUGCUGUGUGGGGGUCACUCUGUACCCUUAUCUUAUAGGCCAGCGGCCCAGGGCCAUCAGUGGAUACACCCUUGGAGCUUCUCCAGCUCUUGCUGCCCCCACUGGGCUGGAGACCCCGCUUUUAACUUGAGGGCCUUCGUUAGAAAGAACUACUUCCUGUUUUUUUCCUUAGAGAAAAUGUGUGGGCUUUGGAGCUCAACAGACUUGGGCUUGAAUCCUGGCUCCUGUGUUCCUUGCUGUGUAACCAGGCAAGUCACUUCCUUCCUUGAGCUCCCAGUUCUCCAUUUGUAAGAUAGGACAACGCAGCCUACCUCACAGGGUUGUUGUGGGGUGAUGCCUGACACACACCCAUUAGGGUUUGCUCUCUGCUCCCUCCCCAGGACCGGGGCCUAAAUCCCAGCCGGGGCCUGGAGUAGGAGGCUAAGGCAAGCAGAACCUUCUUCUAGAAAGUCUUUGUGUGUCAUGAGACUUGGUUAUUGUACAGUGUGUAUGACUUACACUUUCUAGAGUCAUCCCCAGGAAAGCCUGGGGCUAUACCCCCUCACUUGGUGUUGGGCCCUGACCCCCCAGCCUGGAGCACUCUGGGGAAGCCUGCUUCUUUCCUCCUGCACUACAGGGGGUGCAGGGAUACAGCCUGGGGCUGACAUCCUUGUGUGUUUUCCCAAGAAGUUGUGUUUGCUAGAAGUCAUGCAGCUGCAGGGACUCAGGGACUAGAAGAGACAGGCUGAAUGACAGCUCAGUCCUGGGAGGUCUCUGAAGAUAUGGACUGGGGCCCCUGGCCCUCCCAAGCUAGAGCCCCAUCCGUCAUGCCUGCUAUGAGUUACCUCCUUGCAGAGUGCUAACCUGAGCCAGAGGCUGGCAGGCUGGGCCCUUGGCCUGGCUAAGGUUUGUCAUAAGGCUGUGGGCCCUGGAGGCAGGCCAUUAAACAUUAAAAGCAAUUGGGUUGUUUUUGGACCUGGGGCCUGGCUGUGUGUUUGGCGGGGCGUCCACAGGUUUAAUAGGCCAUCAUCAGGUGCCUAGUCCUUAGCAGUUCUCCCUGUUCCCAGCCCAGAAGGUGCCAAGGCUCUCUGGCACCACUGUGCUGGCUUGCUCUGGCCAUGUGGGUCCUUGUCACACCCACUGGGCAGCCACUUCCUUGCUCGGGGAAAGCCCGUCCCCUUGUGGGUCCUGGUGGCUUUUGGUCUAUAGCACACCACCCGGUGAGAAAUGCUAGUCACCACACACCCCAGCACCAAGGACGUGCCCACCAAGGUGUACUUCAUCUUUCACACGUGAGCUGGUGUGGGGAGACCCGGCACGCCCUCCAGAGACCCUGCCUCUGCUGGGCUCUUCCUGCAGAGGUUCGUCCUCGGGGCUGCUGUGGUGGUGUCUCACUCCAUCUAGACUGGAGGCUGGUCUACUAGGGCUGGUCAGACCUGCCAGUGUCAGUCCUAGUGUUGGUGAGUCUUUCCUGAGCCCGGCUACAGGAUCCCUCCUGGCUCUGCUUUGCCCCAAUGGCUGAGCCCAGGCCUGUUUGGUUAGGCUUCUCUCUGACUCUGGUGGCCUCACUAGGCAAGACACUAGGUGCGUCUCUGGCCUCAGUUAAUAAAAGAAAGAUGGCACUCA